AUGAAGUUCGAAAUUAAAUCUGCCCGCGCAGCUGCGCUUGUCGCCCUCAUUGCAAGCGCUGAAGCCGCUAAACACGGUCAUGGCCACAGCCGUCACCACGAGACCCGCGAAGUGGUUCUCGAGAAGAAAGGUGGCCAGUGCCAAUUCCCUACCGACGCUGGCCUGGUUGCCGUCACUCCCAAUGAGGAGAACGCCGGUUGGGCCAUGAGCCCUAACCAGCCCUGCAAGCCUGGUAACUACUGCCCGUAUGCUUGCCCUCCGGGUGAGGUUUCCAUGCAGUGGGACCCCAAGGCGACAUCCUACUCUUACCCCAUGUCCAUGAACGGUGGUCUCUACUGUGACGAAAGUGGAAACAUUCAGAAGCCUUUCCCCAACCGUGACUACUGUGAGUCGGCCGCUGGUGUACUCAAGGCCCACAACAAGGCUGGCAAGCCUGUCUCCUUCUGCCAGACCGUACUGCCCGGUAACGAGGCCAUGAUCAUCCCCACUCUGGUCGAGGAGUUGGCUGAUCUGGCUGUGCCCGGCAUGUCUUACUGGUGCUCCACUGCUGCUCAGUACUAUAUCAACGCUCCCGGUGUGAGCACCGAGGAGGGCUGUGUCUGGGGUACUUCAGCCAACCCCGUUGGUAACUGGUCCCCGUACACUGCCGGUGCCAACACCGAUGCCGAGGGCAACACCUACCUGAAGAUUGGAUGGAACCCUAUCUACCUGGAGCCCACCACUCCCUUCCGCGAUGUCAAGCCCGAAUUCGGUAUCGAAAUUGAGUGUGAGGGCGACGGCUGCAACGGUCUGCCUUGCAAGAUCGACCCUGCUGUCAACUCCGUCAACGAGAUGAUCGGAAACCCCUUCGUUGGCGCCGGCGGUGCCACCGGUUGUGUCGUGACCGUCCCAAAGGGCGAGACCGCGCAUAUUGUCGUCUUCGAGAAGGAGGGCAGUGGCAGCACCUCUUCCGAGACUGUUUCUGUUCCCACCAGCUCUGCUACUUCCAGCUCCAGCUCCAGCUCCAGCACUAGCAUCAGCACCUCGUCCCCCACUCCUACCCCGACCAGCACCAGCACUGAAACCCCGACCAGCACCCCAACCCCCUCCUCUACCUCUACUCCUACUCCCUCGUCGACUUCUACCUCGACCGCCACUGCCACCUCCAGCUCCACCUCGACAAUUACCUCCACCUCGACCAAGACUCCCAUGUCGAGUGCCAAUCCCUCCAGCAGCACUCGCCUGCCCAAGUCGAGCCCGUCUCUGAGCUACACCUACCAGCCUCACGUCCUGACUGGUUCCGCUGAUAUCUCCGAGGCUUCCUCAACGACCGCUGCCGCUGCCGCGUCCUCGUCCUCCAGCACCGGCGGUGCUACCAGCGCCACCGUCUCCAUGAUGACCCUGGCCCUUGGUGCCGUUGCGGCCAUUGCCAUGAACCUCUAA